GAAACAGAAGAACGCGUGGGGUUGGAGGGGAGGUCGUAAUUUGGGGUUGGAGACACCACACCGGCGGCGCGUGCGGCCGUUUACCGGGCGCUGACGACAACAACACACCGGCGGCGCGUGCGAUCGUUUACCGGGCGCUGACGACAACAACACACCGGCGGCGCGUGCGGCCGUUUACCGGGCGCUGACGACAACAACACACCGGCGGCGCGUGCGGCCGUUUACCGGGCGCUGACGACAACAACACACCAGCGGCGCGUGCGAUCGUUUACCGGGCGUUGACGACAACAACACACCGGCGGCGCGCUGGAGAGAUCAGAGCGGCGGGAUGUCACGGCUGAUCGUCAAGAACCUCCCGAACGGGAUGAAAGAAGAACGCUUUAAAUCUCUCUUUGGUGACUUUGGAACAUUAACCGACUGCAUAUUGAAAUUCACAAAGAAUGGAAAGUUUAGAAAAUUUGGAUUUGUUGGGUUCAAAACGGAAGAGGAAGCUCAAGCAGCUUUAAAACAUUUCAAUAAGACCUACAUUGAUACAUCUAAGAUUACAGUGGAGUUAUGUAAAUCAUUUGGGGACCCAGGUUUGCCCAAACCAUGGAGUAAGCACUCACAGAAAAAUUCAGCUGAGGAAAAUCCAAAAAUGCCAAAAGAACAACAAGGUCCAAUUAAGGAAAAGGACAAAGUAAAGAAAUUUGGCAUUGAAGAUCUAGAAUCUUUGAAAAAAGAUAGCAAGUUUGAAGAAUUUCUAGCUGUGCAUGAGAAACGUAGCAAAGCACCAACCUGGUCCAAUGACACCUUACCGGGGAAAAAGGAAGAGGUAAAGAAGGUAGAUGAUUAUCUGAACUUUGAUUCAGAUGAUUCCGAAGAACUGAGUGAGGCGGAAGAUACCAAGGGAACAAAAGGUGCACAAAAUAAAACAGAAGAAAAGCUUGCAUUGGCAAAAACAGUUUCGGACAUGGAUUAUUUAAGAUCAAAAGUGGUUAAGAAACCAGAUGAGAAUUCUGAAAUUGAUGAAGGAUCUGAAAGUGAUGAAGAAAUUAAGUUAUCAUCUGAAGGAAAUAUGUUAUGCACAAAUAAUGAAGAAAAGGAACAAGGUGGAAAACUUGAGAAAUCAGGACCCGAAUGGAAGAAGAAGAAACAACUAGAGAAAGGAACUCCUGGAAAUGAAGCGACCACACCCUAUACUUUGAAGCUCCGAGGUGCCUGCUUUAAUGUGAAAGAGAAGCAUGUGAGGGAGUUCUUUGUUCCUUUGAAACCUGUAGCCAUUCGAAUUAUUAAAAACGCAACUGGCAACACUACAGGAUAUAUAUAUGUAGAUUUCCAGUCAGAAGAUGAUCUUGAAAAGGCAUUGAAGAGAAAUAAAGAGUACAUGGGUAGAAGAUACAUUGAAAUUUUCAGAGUGAAUAAUGCAGUCAAAACUAAACCUGUAAGGAAAAAUGAUAACCAAAAAUGGCUGAUGAGGCAAAAGAAAGCGGAUGAGGUGGAAGAGGAUGUCUCUGAUUCAGGAAGAUUGUUUGUCCGAAACUUACCAUACACCUGUACAGAAGAUGACUUGGAAAAAGUUUUUUCUAAAUAUGGUCCAUUAUCGGAGAUCCACUUUCCUAUAGAUGGUCUAACGAAAAAGCCAAAGGGGUUUGCAUUCAUCACUUUUAUGAUACCAGAGCAUGCUGUGCGGGUGCUUGCUGAGUUAGAUGGUAGUAUUUUUCAGGGCAGAAUGAUGCAUAUUUUGCCAUCAACAGUAAGAGAGGAGAAAGAUGAAAAUGAUGAAACUACCUUGGGUUCCUCUGCAUUCAAAAGAAAUAAAGCAGCUCAAGAAAAGACCAAGAGUAACAGCUCACACAACUGGAAUACUUUAUUUAUUGGAAGUAAUGCUGUUGCUGAUGCAAUAGCGGCAAAAUAUAAUGCCACCAAAAGCCAAGUGCUGGAUGACGAAGGAAAAGACAGUGUUGCAGUCCGUGUGGCACUGGGUGAGACGCAGAUUGUACAAGAGACCAGACAAUUCUUAGUUGAUAAUGGAGUUAGUUUGGAUUCGUUCAGUCAGGCUUCUGGACCAAGAAGUAAAACAAUUAUCCUUGUAAAGAAUAUUCCUGCAGGCACCCGAGUACAUGAAUUGGAGAAUCUAUUUAAGGUCUAUGGGGACCUUGGGCGGAUUUUGCUUCCGCCAGCCGGAGUAACUGCUAUUAUGGAAUUCCUAGAGCCAACAGAGGCUAAACGGGCUUUUACAAAACUUGCAUAUUCCAAGUUCCAGCAUGUUCCGCUUUACCUGGAAUGGGCCCCAAUGGAUGUGUUCUGUACUCCAGUCACAGAAAAGAAGCAGACCAAUAAAGAAGAUCAAGGUGACCUAGCUAUAAAUGAAGAUGAUUCUACAAUUCAAGAGGAAGAGAAUGAAAGUAUUCCAGGAUGCACUUUAUUUGUCAAAAAUAUAAACUUUUCAACAACUGAAGAAAGUUUGAGGAAGGUAUUUAGCAAAUGUGGAUCAUUAAAAAAUUGCACUAUUUCAAAGAAGAAGAGCAGGACAGGAUCUCUUUUGUCAAUGGGAUAUGGCUUUGUGGAAUAUGCAAAACCAGAACAUGCCAAUAAAGCUUUAAAGCUGCUACAGCAUAUUAUGUUGGAUGAUCACCAACUGGAGUUGAAGAUAUCAGACAGAGCUACAAAAUCUGUGAAUCCAGCAAGAAAGCUCCAAAUUGAAAAGGAUCAGAAGGUCUCCAAAAUUCUCAUUCGAAAUAUUCCUUUCCAGGCUAAAGUAAAAGAAAUACGGGAGCUUUUUAGUACUUUUGGGGAAAUAAAGAGCGUGCGAUUGCCUAAGAAAAUGGGAGGAACUGGCGUACACAGGGGUUUUGGAUUUGUUGAGUUUCUCACAAAACAGGAAGCAAAGAAAGCUUUCAAUGCCCUUUGCCAUAGUACUCACUUGUAUGGUCGACGUUUAGUACUGGAAUGGGCUGACUCUGAAGAUACAUUGGAGACGUUGCGCAAAAGAACAGCUGAGCAUUACUAUGAUUCACCAAAUAAGAAGAAACGGGUUGAAAUCCUGGAUGAAAUAAUGGAUGAUAUGGAAGAGGAAGACUAGUCACUUGUUAUCCUUUUGAAAAGAUGUCCCAUGAUGUGGUUUCACAUGUACUGGGUAAGACACUCAACCAUCAAAAACUUAAGAGGAGCACCAACAAGCACAGGUUUUAAAAGAAAAAACACUGGACCCGUCAGCAAGUUGGAAGAAGUCAAAUAGCCAUCUGUUUUAAUCUGAAAUGUUCUUUGGCUGUAUUUUGAGAAACUUAACUGCAAACAGCACAGCCGGCACAAACUCUGAUGGAUAUCAGUGACUGUUUGCAGUCUGGUCAUAAAUCAUAAUGCAUGAAUGGUACACUCUACAACCUAUUGAGCAACGUUUGUGAAAAGUAGCGGCAGUGUAAUCGAUUUUUGAACUCCCAUCUCAAACACAUGAUGAAAAACCGUUGUGCCAACUGGUUAUGUAUUCAUGGAAUACUAAAUAAACUUUAUGAGGUAAUUUGAAGCCUGACACAUAGUGACUGGAAGAUGAAAACUAAUAGCAGAAGAAAUCUGCCAUGCGCUUGAAUAUCGUGCAGUUGUAUUGAUCCUGCACUAUUGGAGAGAGAGAAUAGCGCAACAUCUGUACAUCAGUCAUAAGCCCAAGAAUGUGGAUAGUCAGUGGUUUGUUGUUGAUUUUCAAGAUUAAUAGCAGAGAAUUUCACUGAAUUUCUAUUUUUGUAUUGUUUAAGUAUAGUCAGUGGGAAAAUAUUCCAAAUGAUACGUUACAAUUGUUAUGCUUUACUAUUUUAAAUACUGUACUGUCUCUUUUUGAAAUUUGGAGAACUAUUUUUGACUUAACACAAAACUCAGUAAAAGGCUGACAAUUUGUAUCAUUGGUGUCUUGAACUUUAAAGUAAAAUAUUUGCCACAUCAAACAUUUAAAUAGUCCUGCAUGGUGAGUGUAGGUAGUCACAGACCUCACAUGCAAUGCAGUAUAGAAUUAUUCAAUACAAUGAUGAGCUUAUAAUUGCAAACUCAGCAUGAAUGUUGAAAAUUUCAAAUGGAUUGGCCCAUUCCCAUACUUUCUGAAGGAGUAUUCAUUUUAUGUUUGAACAAAUCUCACUUUUUAAAAAUUAGCAGUUUAAUAAUUUUUAGUACUAUGGUCAUUAAAAAGCAGUUACCACAGCAUAUUGCAUGUACAGUGGACUCCGGUUAACACAGGGACCAGUACAUUUUGGCCCAAUUAAGCAGCUGCCUGCCGAAGUUUCAUAGAAAUGAUUAAAACAGUAUAGAAAAGACAAACUGCUUUAACUGAGUAACAAAUUAUGUAUUAAAAUAAAAUACAAAGCAAAUUAGAACUAUUACAGUACUAUAAAACUCUAUUAGUUCCUAAUAUUUAUCAAUGAAGGAAUUGAUUCAGUGUACUCUUCCGUUUUCUUUUGAUUGACUGUAAAUAAACAAAAUCUGCGCAGUCACCUGGUGCAGAUAAUGGAGUGCCUUCAUACAAUGCUUUUGUCAAUUGCAUCCUCCAAAUCUUCAUUUUCAUUGUUACAUUAAAGAUGAUUGUCGAUACCUUCAAAUUCUUAAUAAUUUCUAUCUUGUUGAAGUAGUGAAAUGAUUUAAUUUUCACUCCUGGCUGUUUUGGGCAUUUCCAAGCCUGAUUGUUUGAUACCACAGUGAGCAAAACAAUUCUGACUUGUCUUACUGCUUAUUUCUCACCAACUAUCAGUGACAAAAAUCAUUGCUUUUUGAACACAAACACAUACAACUGACACUAAUUAAAAACAUUUUGCUCUAAGCAUGGUGUAAUGUCUAUAGGUCACACAAGUGCAGGCAACUGUUGCUAGUUAGAAACUGUUCAGCAACAGUCUCCUCAUCCAAUUAAGCAGCACAUAGACAGGAAGGGAAUUCCAGCUGUUUUCUCGAUUAGUUUUUGUUCCUUAAGAGUUGUUUCAAAUAAGUGGCUGCUCCACCCAAUUAACUGAAAUUCACUGUAUUUACUUCCAUAAUGGGUACUGGGUUGAGCUGGAUCUGAAGGUUGAAAUAUGUGUUUCUUUAUUAUAUUUGAGUAUGUAUACAUUAACACAAAACUUUUUGUAGAGAACUAUUAAUGUUACAGGGCUAUCACUUUAGGUUUAAAGCACAACUGCUGAAUGCAAGAUUAAGAUAAAGUAAUUUGCCUCUUGUGUUUAUUAUGUGGCAUUUCAAGUGCUCUAUGCCUCUGUUUUUAUUAUUUAUGCUUCACUUAUGGUUCUUUAAUCCCUCUUGGAUAAAUUGGGAAUUUAAUACUGAAAUGUUAGCUUUUACACUGAAAUUUUUACAAGAAAAUUCAAAGUGUGAAUUUAGAAAACUGAGCCUUUUAAACAGCAUUUAAUUUGGCCUGUCCCCUAAAACCCUCACUAAUUUUUAUAGAUGCACCGUAGAAAGCAUUCUUCUAGGUGCAUCACAACCUGGUAUGGAAGUUGUCCUGUCCACGACCGGAAGAAGCUGCAGAAGAUCGUGAACGCAACUCAGCACAUCACACAAACCAAUCUUUCAUCCUUGGACACACUUUACACCGCACGCUGUUGGAGCAGUGCUGCCAGGAUAAUCAAGGACACGACCCACCCAGCCAACACACUUUUCGUCCCUCUUCCCUCCGGGAGAAGACUCAGGAGCUUGAAGACUCGUACGACCAGAUUUGGGAACAGCUUCUUUCCAACUGUGAUAAGACUGCUGAACGGAUCCUGACCCGGAUCUGGGCCAUACCCUCCAAAUAUCCGGACCUGCCUCUCGGUUUUUUUGCACUACCUUACUUUCCCUUUUCUAUUUUUCUACUUACGAUUUAUAAUUUAAAUUUUUAAUAUUUACUAUUGAUUUGUACUCCAGGGAGCAUGAAGAGCAGAAUCAAAUAUCGCUGUGAUGAUUAUAGGCUCUAGUAUCAAUUGUUUGGCGACAAUAAAGUAUAAUGCGAUCCCAUAUCUACAGAACACAUGUACACUGCUUUAUUUCUUCCUGGUGGGAAGAUGGCGGCGCAACGCAGCUCGCAGCGGCCACUCUGGUGGUGAUGUCUGUUAUUUGUCAAGUAGGGUGAUGUGCACAAUGCUGAUUUGAUGGAGACGGACGUGAAAGCACAGAGGAACAUCUGGUGAAACUUCUGAAAUGCCUGCUUCGCCGCUGCUGCUACUGUGUGGUCCAGAAUCUCUGGAGGAGAAGGCCCCGAGUCCUCGGCUUUGCUUGUUGCUCAGCGGCCGGGGUGGGGUCGAAGCACUCGGCAGAGGAUGUUGCUCAGAGGGGCUGGUCGGAGGCUUGAAGUUUUCGGAUGGACUCAGAGUCCAAUGCGGUCGGGUUCUUCUAUUGGUGCUGCAUCGGCAAGUUGGCAGCGCUUGGAGCUUCAUGGUGGGGAGAGUUCCUCCUUUCUGCCACCUGCGUGGGAUGAUGAGUCUAUCGGGACUUUGAGACUUUUUUUUACUGUACCCAUGGUCUGCUGUUUAUCAAAUUAUGGUAUUGUUUUGCAUUGUUGUAACUAUAUGUUAUAAUUACGUGGUUUUGUCAGUUUUAGUUCUUGGUUUGUCCUGUGUUUCCUUGUGAUACCAUUCUGGAGGAAUGUUGUAUCAUUUUUUAAUGCAUGCAUUUCUAAAUGACAAUAAAUGAAGACUGUGUGUCCUCAUAAUCUAAUUUUCAUAUGAUAAAAUUUACAACAAAGUGAAGCUGAUUUAUUUUAUGACACUACUUGAUAUGUUUCUUCAACCAUUGACAUUUUGAUCCUAUUGUUACAGUACUGUUUUAGGUAGUUUAUAAAAGUCAUUCCAAGUAUGUCCACAGUGAAGGCAUGAAUUCAAAUUUGACUCGAUCAGUAUAAUAGGUAGCAAUUGCCCUGAUAUGUUAAAAUGCUUAUUGAUUACUUUAAAGUGGAGCUACCUGGAGUUUCUAAUAAACACUUAGGGGAGAUGGGCACCACAAUAUGGUGCCAAAAGUCAUUUCGGGCAUUGGCCCUUUGCUGAAAUUAUUUUCAGCACCAGUUCUAGUGAGGAGGAGGAGGAAUCUCAGCUAAAUGCCCAAUUGAUGGAAAUCAAGUACUGUACUCAGAAUCUGAGUAAAAUUCACUUGACAGUAUAAUUCUUAAUAUGCAUUCCAAGAUUGUUUGUAAAACAUUAACUAAAAUAAAUUUGAGAUGCAGUUUUGGAAUCCUAAAUCUUGGAAGCACAGAUGAAUAGAAAAUCAACAUUUGUUUUGAGUUUGUUUGUGAAAAUAUUGGGACCACCAGUAUAUUCCUGGGGAUGUGGAGCAUUGUGUGAUCUGAACUGGCAUUUCAAUGACUGGAGUGGGAGAAACAACUGCAAAAGUACAUAUUGUGCUGAGGGCUGAAGAACUGGUAAGGGCUCAUUAAAGGAGGAAAGGAACAGUAACUAGGUAUCCGUGCUAAGGGUGGGGAUUAGGAACUAGCAGCAUCAAUGUAGGAAGGAUGGAGACGUGCUGGAUUCAGUUGAGUCUCAGAUGAUAACAGAUCAGGAGUUGACCUGGAAAUUUUUGGGUGAUGUGGCUGAAAUUAAGAGUAACUGGUGAUACAGUAAGUAUAGGAGAUAACUUUAUUAUUCCACAACAUACUUAAUUACCUAAGUUGGCAGGUAGUGCUCUAAUAAAAAUCAACUUCUGGGAAUGCAUAUGAAUUGUGCUUCCAGGAUUGUAGUACUCCAAAAAGAGCAUUACAGGGGGACUGACAUCAUCCCAUGCCCUCCUAUCUUAAAAAUUGGGAAAUGGGUACAAAUCUUUUGCCCAGAAAUGUUCACCUGGAUUAUUAACGUGAAGUAAUACCACAUUUCACGUAAGGAAAGGAAGUUUUUCAAUUAGAAAGAAGUAGUGUUGGCACUUGAAUGCUUAGAUUUCCAAGUCAUAGAUGGGUGCUGGACUUAGGCUUUGUUUAGGUGUUGACAGGUGCCAAUGCUGUCUAAAUGUGCCCCCAUAAUCUCUCAGUUUCCAAACUUUUUGAAAGAAGGCUCCAUUUACUUACAUUUGGUAAAAUAGGCACCCAAAACCACAAGUGUCUGAUGAUAUCUUGGCAGAUCCUCUAAUGUAUAUGAUCUGCCUGUCCCAUUAUUUAGAGGAUUUUUAAGUGCCCACAGUAAAUACAUUUAUUACAUGUAUACAGGGAUUGCAUAGUUCAACAUGAUUAGCUGUUGAACUAAAUCAUUCUCAAAGCUUUUUGAAAACAAGUUUGUGUAUAGGUUGCUUUUAACCCCAAUAACUGAUAUUUCUCUGAAGUGAAUGCUCAAUUCCUAUUGCUAAAUCCAAGUACGAUCUGGGCAAACUGAGAAACAAAAGAAAAGAUGUAUCUUAAUGUCUUGGUCAGCCAACUGUGAAACUUGACUGCAGAAUAAUUGCUAUCAACAACUAAGUUCCAUCUAGUAAUCAGUAAGUUGCUCUCUAGUUUCCAACUCAAGUCAAUUUUGCCAUUUAAUCACCAGCUGCAGUGUUGCCUGACUUCACAUCUGUGGAAUUGCAAUAUUUACUCGGCUUUGCAAUGAACUGAGGCUGUGGCCUGUUUCAGCUGCAGUGUAUGCCUGGCUUCAGGUCUUUUAUAAAACUUCAGUUCUGAAGCCAGUUGCUUAUUUUUAUUGUUUGCAUGAUGUUUUUAUACUCUGAGCAUUAGGUGUUUAGUGGGUUUUUUAAUGGGUCCUUUUGAGCUUUCUUUGUUUUGUGUACUGCCUCUAAGGAGACAAAUCUCAAGGUUUUAUAAUAUAUACAUAUUUUGAUAAAUGUAUUUUGAAUGUGUUACGUAUGGUAACAGCCAAUCAUUUGUGACCGCUCAUAAUGAAAAAUUAAAAUAAAUUAUCUUCCUGCAGAUAUUAUCUUUGUUCUCUACCAUUUAACUGCUGACUUGCACUCCUCUUAAUCUCCAUGCUGUUUUACCCAACAUUUUCAUGUCUUUCUGUCAUUGCGUCCAAGUAUAUUGAUGUUCUUAAACAAAUUCCUUUGCCAAUCUAAUCAAAUUUUCCCCUUACUUGUUGAAAGCUUUACCCGCCAGCCCAGUAGCCUGCCUUCACUGAGCAUUGAGGUCAGCAGAUGAGCGGUAAUCCAGAAGCUGUGGAGAAAAAUAAAGAUGAGGGAAGAGUGUCAGAAUCAGAAUUAGGCUUCAUUUAAGAAAUUUUCCAGAACAUUUAAUAUUUAAUAUCUUUUAAAAACAAAGCAUUGAAUAAUUAUACAAAUCAGUGAGUUUUCAACAUUUACGAGUAAUAUAUUACAUUUACCAGGAAAUUAUUCGGUUUGGCUGUGCUUAAUUAUUGAGAAAAUAAACAUUUUUUUAAAAUGUUUAAGUUUUAUAAUGAUCUCAUCCAAAGUAAUAGGUUAACUAGGUUGAAAUACCCUCAUCAAAUCGUAUGGCUAAUCUACUGUAGAUUUGAUAUUGCUGUUUAUAGCAAGCUGGGAUAUUUUCUGCAUUACUUUUGUAUUGUCUCAAUAUCAUGUUAGCAAUUCUCUAUUUGCACUAUAUCCUUUCCCCACCCUAAUGAAUGAAAUUGUACUGCACCCUGUGACUUAAAUGCUCCACACAUGAGAGCCAUAAAGUGAAAGGAGCUACUUUAAAACAUUGAAAAAGUGAUAAUUUUCUUUCAAUCUGCUUUAAGGUUUACUAUUUUCUGUAUUGUAAGCAGGUAAAUGGAUUACUUAGAAGCAUGAGGAUACAUUUACCAUAAAGAUGUGCAUAUAUUACAUUAAGUAAUGGUUUUCGCUGAACAUUUAAAAUAAACCAUUAAUAAUGAGAUUAUAUGUUUUCUGCAAAAUGUAAGAGCACAUUUGUUUUAUGUUAAAAUACUAAGCUUUGCUUCACACUGGCAUAAAUCUUUUGUGAAAAUCACAUGCAACUUAAAUGGAAAAGCUCCAUUUACUGAAUAAGAAUGCACAUUUUUUCCACAAGCUUUGUAUGGUACUUUUAAGAUUUAAUUAAAGAGACUAUACAAAAUCUUAAAUGGGGCCUUAGUCUCAUUGAAAACCAUUUGAAUGUUUAUGCAGCAUUGAUCUGUAUAAGUUACCUCUCUGAAAUAUGUGCACAUGAAAUUGCAGAUUUUAUUCUCUGAAUACUUAUGUUGCCACCCUGUGCCUGCCAAUAGUUUGCCGGGUGCA